AUGGAUUCGCACCUCCAACGCCCUGCCUCCAGCCGUCCCUUGGUGUCGACCAUCGGGAUUCUUGAUUCUUCCUCUGGUCUGAACACUGACCUCGGCCCUUUCAACCCAGCCAACCCCUUCGCGACAAGCUUUCGUCCAACCGGGAGUGACCCACCGUCAUCGCACCCUCCGCAUGCGCCACAACUUCAUCACUCUUCACAGCUACAACAUGAUGCGCAACAACAGCUUCGUCACGAUUCACACCUUCAACAUGCCCGCCAACUGCAGCAUGUUCCGCAGCUCCAAAAUUCCCCACAAGCCCACCCGUCGCAACUGCAACAAACCUCGCAAAUUGCGAACCCGAUCGUUUUAGGAGAUAGCACCUCUCAAGCACCGGGCAGCGGCCUGGAUUCCUUACAAACACCCUAUACAGCCUUUACACAUCAUGAUUAUGCUGCACUCGCAUCAAAUGCCCCGGAUGCCUCGGGCUUUGCUGGGCAAUUGGAAGGCAUGAAGCUGGUUCCUGAACCGCCUGAUUUGGAUCUUUGGAGAAACAAGCUGUUUAAUGUGGAUGAAAUGAUCACAUUGAGCGAGGAACAAUUCCAGAUCUAUUUCCCUCACGUGGACAACGUUUAUUCCCAUCGCUCGACACAACGAUAUAAACGCCGGCCAUUCGUUUCCCACUACUGGGACUGCCGACUGAAAGGUCGACCACCCGGGACACCCAAAUCCAACGAUCCGAACAAGAAGAAACGUAAACGGACCGUAAGAGAACGGGAUCUCUGUGAUGUUAAGAUCAAGAUUACGGAAUAUUUCCCAACUGCUGAGUCCUUAGAAGGAACUGGGGAAUUCGAGCCUUUGCCGACAGCUGAGCUAUUGCCUGGGGUCCAAACAUUGUUUCCACUCCAAGGUGAUCAUGGGUUUGGAGUACUUACACCUCCUUCUAAUCUGCCGGAGGGCCAUCCCGGAGCAAACGGGGGAAGAUAUUUCACAAUUCAACGAGUGAAUGGGAAUAGUGUCAAUGGAAAGAAUGACAUCACUGAAGGCCAUCGCCAUACGCUUGAAGAAAGCGAUCGCGUGAAGAAGAACAGUGUACAGCGAUAUCUUUUAAAAGAAGAUAAGGAAAGGAAAAAGAAUCCGCCGAUUUCUACCUCAUCCAGAAAUUCUGACGCAUUCGCACAGUACCACAAUAUGGCCGACACUUCACAGCAAAAGACAUAUCAUACUAAGGCGACAGGUGUAGCCUUUGCUACUGUAGCCCGGCAUUCAGCUGAUUCUAACCUCAAGUUAUAUGGAAGUUGCUUCUGCCCAUUUGUACAACGGGUGUGGAUAGCGCUGGAGAUGAAAGGCAUCCCGUAUCAGUAUAUUGAAGUAGACCCGUACAAAAAGCCUGCUUCAUUACUUGAGGUGAACCCACGGGGGCUGGUUCCCGCCUUGCGCCACGAUGAUUGGGGAUGUUAUGAAAGCACCGUGCUUCUUGAAUAUCUCGAGGACUUGAAGCAAGGCGUAGCACUUCUUCCAGAGGAUCCAAAGCUGCGUGCCCACUGCCGACUUUGGGGAGACCAUAUUAAUCGGCAUAUUGUGCCAUGCUUCUAUCGAGUUCUUCAGGAGCAGAGCCAGGAGAAGCAAAUAGCCAAUGCGCAAGAGCUUCGAAAUGCUUUCGAUCUCCUCAUCGCCGCGGCGCAUCCGCACGGUCCCUUCUUCUUGGGGUCAGAGUUGUCGAUCGUAGAUGUCCAGGCGGCCCCUUGGGUCAUUCGGCUUCGUAGGGUACUGAAGCCUUAUCGAGGCUGGCCGGAUGCUGAGGAGGGGAGCAGAUUUGCGUCUUGGGUGAAUGCCAUCGACGCACAUGAGCAUGUGCGAGCAACGACCAGCACAGAUCAACUCUAUAUCGACAGUUAUGAAAGAUAUGCUCGUGAGUGCCUCUCGUUCACCGGGUUCAAAGACUUUGCUAAUAUUGGUCAUUCCUGA